UCCCACCGCGUGAGUUUCUGCAUGCGCUGUUAGGAAGGCGGGACUCGUCUUUACGCGCGCGCGUACACACACACACACACACACACACACACAGAGCGACACCGAGCAUGGAAGAGAAGUGUGAAUUUUGGCUCUCGUCGUCAUGAAGAUGGCCGUGAUAGCGCUGGUGAUUUUGGGGCUUUUCAGCCAGAGCUGCAUCCUCGCUUUCAAAGUGAACAAACACAAACCAUGGAUUGAGACAUCCUACCAUGGAGUGAUCACUGAGAACAUGGACACUGUCCUGUUGGACCCUCCACUCGUAGCCUUGGACAAAGAUGCUCCCACCCCCUAUGCAGGAGAGAUUUGUUCUUUUAAGAUCCAUGGACAAGACACUCCAUUCAAGGCAGUGGUAUUAAACAAGACAUCAGGGGAAGGAGUACUGAAAGCGUCCGGUCCCAUUGAUUGCGAGCAACAAAAGGAGUUCACCUUCAUCAUUCAGGCUUACGACUGUGGGGCUGACGUCUCGGGAGACAGUUGGAAAAAGAGCCACAAAGCAGUGGUCCACAUCCAGGUCGAAGACGUGAACGAGUUCUCUCCUUUUUUCCAUGAGCCGGUGUACCGGGCCACAGUGACAGAGGGGAAGAUUUAUGACAGCAUUGUGCAAGUGGAGGCCUGGGACCAAGAUUGCUCAGCCCAGUACAGCCAGAUCUGCAACUAUGAGAUCAUUACCCAAAACACACCUUUUGCCAUUGACCGCAAUGGUAAUAUUCGGAACACAGAACAUUUAAGUUACGACAAGCAGCAAUACUACAAGAUCAUGGUGAGCGCAUAUGACUGCGGCCAAAAGAGGGCGAAAGAGAGUGUGCUCGUCCAAAUCUUCGUCAAACCCAUGUGCAAGCCUGGCUGGCAAGGAUGGAGUAAACAAGUGGACUACGAGCCCGGGACAGGCAGCAAACAGCUGUUUCCAAUGAUGCAUCUCGAGACGUGUGGCAGCCCCUUGUCCUCAGUGCGAGUCACGGUAGAACUGCAGACCAGCCACAUCGGGAAGGGCUGCGACAGGGAAACCUACUCUGAGAAAUCUCUGCAGAAGCUCUGCGGUGCCGCUUCAGGCAGUGUGGAUCUUCUCCCUGCCCCGAGCGCUUCUACAAAUUGGACAGCUUCGCUGCUGACAGACAGUGGACGAGACAGUGACCUCGUCUUCCACUUCGAUGGACGGCAGGCGGCCAAUAUUCCUGAACUGGUGGUGCCUCAGAACCUCACUGAACAAUUCACCAUUGCCACAUGGAUGAAGCACGGCCCGAGUCCUGGACUGAGAGGCGAGAAGGAGACGCUGCUAUGUAACUCAGACAAGACGGAGAUGAACAGACACCAUUACUCACUGUAUGUGCACAACUGCCGUCUGGUCUUCUUGCUGCGGAGGGACUUCACGCAGAUGGACACAUUCAGGCCGGCUGAGUUCCACUGGAAGCUGGAGCAGAUCUGUGAUAAAGAGUGGCACUACUACGUGAUCAACGUGGAGUUUCCUGCUGUUACCCUUUUUGUUGAUGGAGUGACCUAUGAUCCCUACCUAGUAACAGACGAUUGGCCCAUUCACCCCUCGCAGAUUGACAUGCAGCUGACAGUUGGUGCCUGUUGGCAAGGAGGAGAGGUGAUGACUCCGCGCUUCACACAGUACUUCCGCGGAAGUCUCUCGGGACUCACUAUCCGUCCUGGGAAGAUCGAGACUCAGAAGGUCAUCUCCUGUUUACAGGCCUGCAAGGAGGGUCUGGACAUCAACUCGCUGGAGAGCCUGGGGAAAGGCAUCAAGUUCCACUUUAACCCAGCCCAGUCAGUGCUAGUGAUGGAAACUGAUGAUCUGGAGAACAUUAAUACAGCCAUGGCAAAGGUCUCCUACAUUAACUCGAGGCAGUUCCCUACUCCAGGCCUGCGCACACUGCAUGUAUCCACUACCAUUCAAUGUUUCGGUGAGGACAAGUGUAUCUCCAUCGUAGACAUAAAGGCAUUGGUGAUGGUGCUGGUGCCCAGCGAGCCACAGAUCAGCAUCACAGGCACAGAGCAUGUAACAAUACCUGCUGCUGAGCUCCAAGCCCCUCUUGGGGUGGCACUGUUCAAAGAGAUUCACAUCAUCAGCACGGUUACCAGGAGCAAUGGGACAUUCAGCUUGGGUCACAGACCUGGAAUUCUGGAGGUAAUGCACAACCUUGAUUACUGUGAUGUGUUGGUCAUUGGGGAGGAGCUGAAUCCAGAGCAUGAGAGUCUGGAGAUCCAUCAUAGCUCUCUACUUGGGAAACACCUAGACGCCACUAAUUCUACCUCUGGCAUCUCCAUCUAUGGUGUGGACUCCAUGGCAAAAUAUGAGCUGGCUAUCCGGCAGGUGAGGUACCGCAACUGGCAGCCAGCCAGCCCAUCAGAAAGAAGGUUCAGGCUCAGCUGCUCCGAGCUCAAUGGCCGCUACACCAGCAACAACUUUAACCUAGAGAUACGAAUAGUUCACAGUGCAGAGUCUGUGGAACAUGUAAAUCAAAUGGCUGUCCAAUCCCCAUACAUGAGACCCAUCCAUCAGCCACUGGUUAUCCAGACCAACUCAAAAUACAUGUCAGAUACAUCUGCAGCUGCAACAGUAAUGAUAGUAAUGUGCAUCACUGCCCUGGUGGUCAUCAUGGUGCUGGGCAUCUACCGCUUUCAUGCAGUCUAUCUAGAAGGCCUAAAAGAGAAUGAGGAUGAAUGGAAGGAGCCAGAAAUAGUCUGGAAUGACACAACCUUCACCAUUACUGUCAAUCCUAUGGAGAAUGUCGGGGAUAUCACGGAGGAGUAUCCUGAGAAAGAGGACGAAUACAUUAAGGAGGAGGAUGCCGAUGAACUGGCUAGGAAUCUGUCCAGUGCAGAGUCUGAAGAUAGUGAAGAAGAAGAGCACACAAAAGUUGACAGAGGGAGCAUGAAGGGCAAACUAGUGUGGGACGAGUCCACUUUACCCUAUUAACACCCGUCCUCAACUCAUACACUCAGGAGACACACACAAAAAAUAAUAUUAAUGAUAAUAUUAAUAAUAAAUCAGAAAUUGCUGCCUGAAAAUCUUAGAUUAUUAUCUAACUGACCCACGCAGAAAAAUUUUUGCUGACACUUACCUGUUGUGUAGUCUAAUCCUCUAAUCUGUCUUUAAUGGCCAGCAAUGGAACUACACCAACAUGCCCUUACUCAAAUAUAGAGUACUUGUUCUCUGUGUUUAAGGAGCUUAAACAUAAAUCAACCCAAGAAAAAACAAGACUUGUCCAUUAUUUUUGGUGGAAUUACCAGGUAACAUAUAUAUGCACAGACACAAAAAGUGAUCGCGAAAACCAGCAUUGCUGGGAGGUUUUAUGUUCUUUUGCUGAACAUAUUACGUCUUAAUGUCUCAAAAUGUGGUUAUUGGUUAUUUUUCUUAACAUUAACUUACAGAGUGCUUGAUUUUGUGUGGCAUAAAGGUUUUUGGGUUUUUUUUUCCUCUAACAAAUUACACUGAAGAAUUUAUUUUUAAUGUAAAAUACUUUCAAAUGUUUUUUAUUGCAUUUAAUAUUUAGAACCUUAAAUAGAUUUUCAUUUACACAUUCUUACAAUAGUACAUAAAAAUAUAUCUUUUUUUUUUUUCUUUUUCUCCUUUCUGGUGAAUUUCUAUUGAAUUGUCAUAAAAAGGUUGGCAGUACAAUUUUAUAUGCCUGUAUACUGUAAAUAGAAAUCUGUCGAGUAGAAUGCAUCCCCUCCAUGCCACCUUGUUUUGUGUCCACACUUGCUUGUCAUAGGAAAAAAAGGCUCUCUGAUUAUUAGUGUCUCUUUGACAUCUUUGUAUUUUUUCACAUAAAAGAGUACGAAUGGAAAUUCACAAUGUGUUUUAUUUUCUAUCCCAAAUUCAGAUUUAUAGAGAAAAAAAAAAGGAAGUUUGCUCUUUACCCUCUGGUUAAAAAAACAAGUUGUAUAAAAAUGACCCCACUUCCUGUUUAGUAAUGAGUUCUGUAUGUCAUUUACAUACAGGGGGGGUGCUUGUGAGGAUGAGAACAUAUUCAUUUGCUGAGGAGGCUUGUCUAACAAUAUAGUAGGAUCAAAAUCAAGAUGGAUGUUAAAUGUAGUCAUUCUUCUAUAGCUGGAAACUGCUUGUUGUUCCUGCUAUGUGAUCUAAGCUAGGAAAAUGUCAUUUGUUUCAUUUAUUUCCGCACUGUGUGACAUGUACGUUUUUGUAGUUGUGGUUACCAUUCUCCUUGUUUCCAUGUACUUGUAAUACCAUUGUUGUGAGAUAUUCAAACACACCCAACUGUCCCAUGUGUUACAUUGUUUUAGAUAUCUUUAAAUUGCUCUAUUUCAUUUUUGUAAAUGUUAUGCCUUUUCUCUGGUGGUCACUACAGCACUUUCUGUACAUUGACCAAUGAAGACAUUUUAGAAUAAAGGAGUGUCUCUUUACCUUUAAAA